AUGGGUAUCAAAGGGCUACUUCCCCUUCUCAAAUCCAUCCAGAAGCAUUCGACCCUCAAACAAUUCCAUGGGCAAACCAUCGGGGUCGAUGCCUAUGGCUGGCUCCACCGUGGUGUAGUCGGCUGUGCAUUUGCCCUGGCACUCGGCAAACCGACCACUGUCCAUAUCGAUUUUGUCCUGAGUCGAGUACGCAUGCUCCUGGACUUUGGAGUGACUCCUUACUUAGUCUUUGACGGUGACAAUAUCCCUAGUAAAAGAGGGACAAAUUCAGAAAGACAUAAGAGGCGGGAAGAAAGUAAGGCGAGGGGUAUGGAGCUACAGAAAGCGGGAAGGACUUCACUGGCGUACCAGGAGUUCCAAAAGGCCGUCGAUGUUACCCCAUUGAUGGCUCGCCAAUUGAUUGAUGAAUUAAAGAAGCUCAACGUACAAUAUGUUGUUGCGCCAUACGAAGCUGAUGCCCAGCUUGUUUAUCUUGAGCAAAAGGGAAUUAUUGAUGGCAUACUUUCCGAAGACUCAGACCUACUGGUGUUCGGUGCAAAGCGCCUGCUUACCAAGCUGAAUCAGUACGGUGAGCUUGUUGAAUAUGAGAGAAAGGAUCUUGCUAUUUGCAAGGAAAUCAGCUUCGCAGGGUGGACCGACUCAAUGUUCAGACGGAUGGCCAUCCUCAGUGGCUGUGACUAUCUUCCUAAUAUCGCGAAGCUGGGGUUGAAAACGGCACAUGCAUAUGUUCGCAAACACAAGGAAGUGGAAAAGAUCAUCAAAAUGAUCUUGUUCGAGGGCAAACUCGUGGUUCCGGACCAGUAUUUGGAGCACUUCAGGAAUGCAGAGUUGACCUUUCUUCAUCACCGCGUGUUCUGUCCCCUGCAGCAAAGGAUGGUGUUUCUGAAUGACCUUGGACCAGGAGUGAUAGAAUCCAACCUACCGUUUCUGGGUCCGUAUGUUGAGCCUGAUACCGCCAUUGGAGUAGCAUGCGGGGACAUUGAUCCCUUUUCGAAACAGCCUCUUCGUCUGGAUUCGAAAAGGACAUACGGAAGACCAGCUCUUGCUGACAGCAGACGGCAAUCAUAUACUUCUGAUCCGGGCCUGAAGCCAACGAAAUCAAUUGAGACGUUCUUCAAGCCUUACCGGCAACCUCUUGCAGAACUCGACCCCAACAGCCUUACUCCAUCUCCUUCACAGCAACGUCUUUUGGAGCGCAAUCAAAAUGCAUCUUGGGAACCAAGAUUGGUCUCGUCAGCGCCCGCUCUCCGUAGGACUUUGACAACAUCGGCAAGGAGCUCGGACACUCAAGUGACAGGGCGCACGGAUCGGGCCACUUUCCUUUCGAGAGCCUCGACAAUGUCGACCUACAAGGCCACGAAGAGACAACGGCUAUGCUCAGAUUCAGUCGACCGGUCACCGAGCUUCGAAGUGCAACAAAGUCCCUUCUUCUCCUCCAAGUACGAGGAUGCAAGUCCAUUAGCACAAAGGAAGACUGCACGCCGGAAGGCCCGGCGUUCUGGAUUUGAUGUGUUCUCGGAUGAUUCUGUUGAUGACGUACUACUGUUGGAAGCUGAAAUGCAGCAUGCUGCAGGUUCUGAAAGGGAGCAUACACAGCAUGAAGCACAAGAUGCAGCCACAACAAUAUCAGCCAGGAAUGGCACGACUGAGGAACCUCAGAUUGUACCUCAAUCGUCGCCGAGGGGUGUCUCACCGCCCAACCGCUCGAACACAUCCUCGAGUGUCAAGAAUGCCAUAACUCCCAUGGAGAUGGGAAUUGGGUCAUCUAAAACUGGCAAGGUGCGCGAAGUCAGUCAUGACGGUGAACCUGAGGAAUUUGAAGAUCUUUUGGACUUUCAUGUUCGAAAGCAAAAUGAAUCUUUAUUGAAGAGCUUUGCUUGCCGAGUAGAGGAAAAGAAAGGUUCAACUCCACCCUCCUCGAUUGCGCCUCAUCAGUCUCGGAGCAGAACAUUUUCAGCUCAGUCAGGCGAGGCGCAGUUGGCGGCACUACGUAAGUUCCCAAAAGCGGCGAAUGUAUCAAGCUUUUGCGAAAAAUUGGACCUGAAGAAGACAUUUGCAUACCAAUCAUCUGAUGUGCAGCAGUCGGCCCUCAGGAAUUUAGGGAAAGGUACUGCGGGAGCAUCUAAGAACUUUGACAAGAAGAACCAAUCGCCAAUAUUUCCCAAACAAAACGACGAGGACGUCGACUCGGUGGCAGGCAAAGCUGAUUUACGUCGCUCAUAUGCACAAAGUCACGCGCUAGCACACCCUGCAUAUGAGCCCAAAGGAAGUGAAGAUGAAAUUAUACCCAACAGCGAAGACGAGAGGUCAGAGGAGGGCUCGCCUAUACGAAGACCAAGACCUGACCUCAGUGGAUUUGCAUUCUUACGAUGA